AUGAGUGAAUUUUGGCACAAACUGGGCUGCUACGUGUUAGGGAGACCCCAGCUGAAGAAGAAGAGGAGGCGGCUUGACCGGGCCAUGAUUGGGGAACCAAUGAAUUUUGUCCACCUGACUCACAUUGGCUCUAGGGAGAUGGGGGUUGGAGAUGGACUGGCCAUGACAGGUGCAGUUCAGGAGCAGAUGAGAUUCAAGGGAAACCAAGACAGGCUGUGGAGCAAUUCUAGGGGCUCGUAGCUCCAAUAGGAAUGGUUCUGC